AUGCUUUCUUUCAACAAUGUUGAAGGUUUCUCCUACAGUACUCUCAUCCUUGUGAACGGACCUAACGCUGCAGAAGUUCACCCAGAACCGGAGCAGGACCACCCAGACCUGGUUCCUGGUGCUGGACCAGAGAAGGACACACUGGACGUCUGGUGUAACGGUCAGAAGAUGCUCUCAAACUCUGAGUUUGUGGAGGACGGUUCGCAGACACGGUUUGUAAUCGGAGAACAUGAGAUCGUGCUGAAGGCCUUCACAGAGCAGCAGCAGCAGAAGGGGAGGAGAGGAAUCAUAUACUGCCUCCUGGUGGACGGAGCUGUUAUCUGCAGCUGA